AUGCCGAAGAAGGUGAUGAAAGCUAUGAAAAAGCCGCAGUUUCCUCUUCCGAAACGGGGGAAACAUCGUGUUCAAAGGCGCCCAGCGGCCACGAACACCUACGUCCCUGUGCCCUAUGUUCGUCAUGGUCAGCCAACCACGAAGAACAAGGCACACCGCCAGCGCUGGGGACGAUCAGUUCAAAUGUUCAUGGCAUUGCGGGGCCGCAGGCUCAUAGAGCGGCUGCAAAAGGAUCAGAUCCUACCCAACUGGGAGGGUCACACAUGUCCUCGUUGCAGCACAGGCUCUCUUGGUAGUCUCAAAUACUUCAAGGAGAAGAAGGUUUGGGCCUACCGCUGCAGCCACCGUCAUUGCCACAAGAUGUUGCAGCCUCACGACUAUCACCCCAUCUUCUUCCUCGGUGCGGGCAACUCCCAGACAAAACUGCACGAGCAAGCGGCUGUGCUCUACGCGGCAGUGGCAGGGGUCUCUUCUCAGGCAGCUCAUCUGGUCCUGGAUAUGGACCACAAGCCAGUGGAGAGAAUCUUUGCCAACUUGGAGGUUGCCCGUGCCCGGUAUGUCACCGCGAAGGAGAAGGACAUCACCUACGGUGGCAACUGGGAGGAUGCGGAAGUCGACGAGGUCGACAUUGGCAAAAGUACCGACAACAACAUUGAGGGCGAUUACAACACGAAGUGGGAACAGUGGGGCGGCCUUGUCCAACGAGGCUGUCCUUCAUCGCUUCGUCUUUUCAAGCUGGAGCCGAAGCUCACCAAAAAGCGAGCUCCCGGCCCGGGGCCUAUCAGGAAACGAGACUGGAAGGGCAUCGGGAUGAAGCUCCUCGCCAACUCCAAGGUUGUCUUGCACAGCGACGGCGCCAAGGCCUACAAACUCAAAAUCCCGGAGGUGAUCCACUGCAACGUCGUCCACCAGAAAAAGAAGGUUAAGAUCAACGGCAAGGUGCACUGGAUCAAGCCUCACUACACGAAAGUGUACAAGGUGAAGUUGCCGAACGGCAACCUUCUGAGCGUGAAAAGCGGCACGCAGAUAAUCGACCGCAACCAGGCCCUCACAAGGAAGAUUCGCUCAGCCCAGUUCACCUACUGGUUUCGCUAUGGCAACAUGUGGAAAGCCACAGGUACCAUGCUUGACUUCCUUUGGAACAAUAGCUAG